AUGCGUGUUCUUCAUCAGCUCGUUGAGGAUGAAGGAUCGAACUAUCCUCUCGCUGUGGAACCGCUCAUGANGCUCAUGAAAGGACGAUAUGUUGACGAUAUCUGCGGGGGUGCUGACUCAGAUGAAGAGCUACUCAGGACCGCUCAUCAGGUGACACAGCUCUGUCGGUCAGGAGGCUUUCCGCUAGCCAAAUGGCACUCAAAUAGCCCAGCUCUACUCACAUCCCUUCAACCUGACAGCACCUCUCAAGAACAACGAUUCAUAGAGGACUCACUCACCAAAAUUCUAGGGGUUUCUUGGCAUCCCGGAACGGACACCUUCAAGUUCUCCGUCCCUCAGCCUGAGACCAGCUCAAUAACGAAGAGAAUCAUUUUAUCGGAAACGGCUCAACUCUUCGAUCCACUGGCUUUCCUAGCGCCAGUGGUCAUACGAGCGAAGAUAUUGCUCCAGGCUCUAUCGAUCGAGAAACUGGGAUGGGAUGAACCAGUUUCCCAGACAACUGCUCAACGAUGGAGCCAAUUCAGGGAGGAGCUCACACAGUUAUCGGAGAUCACCAUACCUCGGUGGCUUGGACUGCUCACGGAUUCCGUCGUCGAAGUACACGGUUUUUCCGACGCAUCACAAGUGGCGAUGUCAGCCGUGAUCUAUCUCAAGGUUCUCAACAAGGGAAAAUCACAACUCACAUUGGUUUGCUCAAAAACGAAGGUCGCACCGCUCAAACGGCUGACAAUCCCACGACUAGAACUCACUGCGGCUCUCCUCCUGGCCAAACUGACUAAGUACGUCAAGGACCAACUCAAUCUCACGAACGCCACCACCUAUCUCUGGACCGACUCAUCGGUCACGCUCACGUGGAUCAGCUCACACUCCUCAAGAUGGAAGGAGUUCAUGAAAAAUCGGGUGGCACUCAUCCAGGAGCUCACCCAGCAGGCUCAUUGGAGAUUGGUACCGUGCAAGGAGAAUCCUGCAGACUGUGCAUCUCGAGGUCUAUCUCAUAAGCUCUGGUGGAAAGGGCCACCAUGGCUUCAUCAAGACUGCUCUUCAUGGCCAACUCACGCUCUUGAAAAAGACCUCAGCGUAGACCUCGAGGAAAAGCCAGGAGUUCUCCUACAUGUAAAAGCUCAUCCAAUCGCGCUCUGGAAUCUCGUCGACAGAUUCUCAUCGUUCAACCGACUGCUCAGGGUCACAGCAAUCUGUCGACGAUUCAUAGCUCGGCUCAGGAAAACCCCCAACUCUUCUCUUCGAUACCCGCUCACUCUUGGUGAUCUUGAAGAGGCUCGCAUCCUCUGGAUCAAACUCACGCAGGCAGCUCACUUCAAGGAUCAACUCAGAGCGAUCUCACGAGGGGAAAGGUUCAGCAAAUCCCACCCCCUCACCAAGCUCACACCCUUCAUCGAUCGCCAAGGGGUAUUGAGGAUAGGAGGACGGCUCGAGUUUGCUCACAUAGGCCCGGAGAGCCGGAACCAAGUGAUUAUUCCGAAGGAAUCUCAACUGGCUGAGCUACCAGUACGCUCCUUCAUCCUCAAGUGCGUUAACUGCACUCGCUAA